AUGGAUCAGUCAGACAUCCUCCGGGCUCGGUGCAGAGCUGACACACUUGGACCUUCAGUGUCUGCAGCGUUUUACUUGGUGCACCAGGUAUUGCUGGUCCCUCCUAGCUCCAGUCCCCUGGGUUCAAGCCUAAGCUCUGAUGCAGCCUCUGGAGGCCCAACCUCGCCCAGGAAAGGGCCACCAAAGUUCAAACAAAGAGCAACCCGGCAGUUCAAGAGCAAACCCCCAAAGGCAGGCGUGAAAGGGUUUGGCGAUGACAUUCCUGGGAUGGAGGGACUAGGCACAGAUAUCACUGUGAUUUGCCCAUGGGAAGCAUUCAGCCACUUGGAGCUUCACGAACUGGCUCAAUAUGGAAUCGUCUGACAGAGGCAUCAGACUGCAAACCGAACAUCAGGGAGUGGCCGGUGUUUCCGCUGCAGCAUUAACCCUAGUGAGGCAGAUGGAGCAGAGUUACUAUUAGAAGCCACUGUGUGCUGUACUUCACCAUUACUGUUCACCCUCAGGAGCCUGA